GCCGUGUGACGGGACGGUUAGCGGUGGCAGCGUCAUUCCCAUCUGGCAGCUGAAAGCGGUGAGCGGCCAACGAACAGCAUUCAAUGCCCUCGUUGAAACGCGGACAGGGUAGGAUUUGCAUGCCGUUAGCAACACGAUUUCGGCAUGGCCAAGUUGGAUUGUUUCGCUACGUAUAAAGUUACUCGGAGCAGCGUCUGACAGCCUAUAUUUAAAGGCAUUCCGAUCUGUACGGCCCGAGACAGUACCGAAAUGGAAGCAAACGCUGUCUUCAUGCUGAGCGUCAACGGGCAGAUAGAAUCGGCUCAGUGCACGGGAUUUGACGAUAUCUACUGCAAGUACUGUUUCGUACAUGGAGCAGACUGGGUUGUCGCAGCGGGUGUCGAGGAGGGUAUAUCACAGGUGGCGAGAAAAAGCCGUGAUGCACGCCGCCAUUUUGUCUGGAACUUCCCCAUCGAGAUCACCUACAAGAGCUCCAACGUUUCGGGCUGGCCACAGCUAUGCCUGGCAGUGUACGGCUUGGACGCCUUCGCUAACGACGUCGUCCGUGGUUACGGCGCUGUGCACGUGCCUCCCAUCGCCGGAACGCAUCGCAAGAGUGUCGCCUUAUUCGUGCCGGAUUCGUCGUCGACGAUGCACAAGUUGACCAGCUGGUUGACGGGACGACGACCCGAGUUCGUCGACCCCAAAGUGGUGGCUCGCGGCGAGGGGCGAGAAGUUACGAGAACGACAUCAAACGGGACGGUGAUCGUGACGUUCAACGUCGUCACUAAGGACAUGAAAAAGUUCGGCUACAGCGUUGGGAGCACCGGCUCUACGCAAAACUUUAAUGUUGGCCUGCCUUUCUGAUGCUGAAAUUCGACACGAUUACAGACUACUUGAAGACGUACAAAGCUGAAGCGCUAACAUCUGUUUAAUACAUUUUUUUUUUGUAAUUACGGAAGAAAGAAGCCGCACGAUAUUUCACAGGCGAAGCACCGCCGGCCAAGAUAAGUGGUCGCUGGCGGUAAGCCGUAGGCAUUGCGCUCUUACACUGCGAAAUAUCAUAAGAAAGAAUUCAAUUGAGCUCAAAAUGCACAUGCAGAAAGGAGCUAUCUGUGGUAAGUUGGUCAAGAAGCACCAAGGCAUAAGUACUUCACAAAGAUGACAGGAAUAUUUCAGUGGAAAUCGAGCAGCAAUACCAUAUGCAGCAGCUGACAGCAACCUUCACCGGGAUUUACCUGUUUUAUAACACAUUUGCCAAGCAACCACAGUGUCUAUGUCAUUAGACGAAACGAAUAAAGCUGUCAAAAAAGCACUUUCAU